GUGUUAGCGGUGGCCCGAACAGCAGAUGUAUAUCUUGUCUGGGUGUUUGUCUUGGCAACUACCUUAACUAUUAGCAUGCCUCAGUUAGCAUACCUUGUAGCGCCCCCCCCCCCCUCCUCUGUUCCAACAGUGUGGAUGUCCUGAGUGUUUUUAAUUACCAUUACAUAGAAACAAUGAUUUAUCCCCAGCAAGUGUGUUCAACAUCUGGAACAUCUUUUAAAGUAUUGAGCUGCAUCCGGGUUUUUUUUCUCUCAGAGCAGAUGUAAGUGGUCAUGACAAGGUGUGGAAAGUGACCGACAGACUCCUCAGAGUUACGUCAAGCUGGCAGGCCUUGGAUCUCUGCACUAAAAAACUCAUCACGUUGCACAAACACCUAGUAAAACUGAGGUUUAUUGCCUGAAUUCACAACUGCCUUCCUAGAUAGUUUUGUGUAUUUGCCAAGGUAAGCUGUUUCUCAAAACAAAGUCAGUACUGUUAUGUGGUGUUUUUACAAAAUAAUAUAUUGGAUGCUCAUUUUUUAACCUAAGGUUACAACAAGUGACAGUUAAAGACACCCCUCUCCACAUCAACUUCACUGCAAGCCUGCAUGCUGACAAAGAGUAUGAUGGAUGUAUAAUAUUAUGAGUUCUCUCUCUACCCUAGUCCUCCUUCAUUGUGUACCAGCAGGAGUCAGGAUUCAUCAUAACUUAGCCCUCCAGUGUCCAGCAUUUUUGUCACUUAGCCAACUGCAACCCACCACAGGUUCUUGUGUUAAAGUCCAACUCUCUGAGGUCUUCAGCUGUCAACUCUCGUUCAUUUCAAGACCAGGAUGGACAUUCUUCUCCUGGUCCCGAAGUUUAUAUUGGAUUGACUGCUGGCCAGCAAACUGACAUUUAGUGUCAAUUAUCAAGAUAGCUUUCCAGGAAAUUCUGGGCAAUAUUACUCGUAGUCGUAAGCGAGAUCUUGAAGUGGCUUGUCCCUGUCGGAAGAGAUGUGUGUGUGGAUAUUCUGGCAGAUGCUCAGGCUGAUGAUAAAGGCAGUGUAGGGAUAAAUCCAUUUUUUAUUGUGGAUACAUAAGCCUCUUCCUCAUGGAUGACACACUCUCAUGUGGACACAAUAUACAUCUCUACUCGCUCAACACUAUUCAUUUUUCACCCCAACCCCCAAAAUAAAAAAAGAAAGAUGUUUGCACAGAGAGAUGGUUUUACGGCACAUCUGAGAGCGUGUCUUGUUCACUUCAAAGAGUCUUUUAAAAGCAGUCUUGUCUGAAGGAAGAGGGCCAUAAAAUCUCAAGUAACUUCCAUUGUCCUGCCGAGUCAGAGGCAGGUUUGUGAAAUUAUACUGACUGGUGUAAUUGCCGACAGGUGUCCACUCCGCUGAAUCACCUACACUCAAGACCCAUACGGACAUCAGUUAGAGUUCUGGAGCUCUGGACCUCUAUCACAGUUAUUUAAGCUAGCUUUCCAUUUCAUUUCAUCAUGUUGUGUAGCUUUCUGAAGAAGACAUUGUAUAGUGUUAUACUCAUUUAUUUUCAGCUGUGGAGCUGCCUUUCCUGUUGUGAACACUAGAGGGAGCCCUCCAACCGCUCUACAGGAAGAAAGUGACAUCAUCAGUUGCUUGUUGGAGGAUCUGAAUAAAUAAGCUCAGCAGCUUUUACAGCAAACUACCCUUGGCACACUGGUUAACAAUAAUGGGCUGCUGCAAAUAUAUUGAUCCAAACGCCCCUGGCCGUUAUAACAUUGACAGAUGCAUCCCUGCUAUCUGCAGCCUUGAAUUAGAUGUGACAGAGCUCGAGAGCUUGACAUGAAUGCUGAUGGGCUCUGUGUGGGCACGCUACCUCAAUUUUAGCACAGCAGCCAAUCUUCCACCAUCCUGAAAAAGCAGUGAGAGCAUUGUGCCCUGUACCGACACCGCAAUAAAGUCCACUGAAUGAUAACCGAAUACCUUAAGGCUGGCUGCAAUUGCCAGAACUGUCCAUAAGAUGGCAAUUGUGUGACCAAUUCAGUAGAAGAAUGUGACUAGUUUCACAAGACAAAGGACAGUAUUGGUAUUGGUAUCUUUUAUAUGUGAAUGCAGACUAAAGUUGGCGGUAGCUCCACAUUUUCAAACAAACGAGCACAUUCACUUUACCUGAGAAAUGAAUCCUAUGAUGGUGCAUGGCCUGUUUUGUUGAUGUGUGCAUGUGUGUGUUUGUAAAUAAUGAAGGGUGUCACAGAUUCACUUUCUCUUUUAACCUCACCGGAGCUCUUAGCAUGUGUGAUAAUGUUCCAUAAUCUGCUGUGGCAGAUUAGGCCUGAUCAUCUCAAACUAAUUGAUUAUGACGAGUGUAACCUAUAUGAUACCUCAUGAUACAUUCACAGCACUGGCUGUGAUGGCUGGAUUACCGCUCAUGGCCUUAAUCUCCAGAUGCUGACCAACCAGAUAUGUUUGGCACCUUCAUCCCCUGAAGGGUCCUCGAACAAACAACACCUCCCUUUCCAGAAGACCCAUUUGCCAUCUCGGCUAAAUCAAGACCGCCUGGGCGACCAGGUUGAGGACCUUGGGCAGCCAUGAACGGCACGGAGGGACCGGACUUUUACGUGCCCAUGUCCAACCUGACCGGACUGGUGCGCAGCCCCUACGAGUACCCGCAGUUCUACCUGGCCGAGCCCUGGGCCUACGCUUCCCUGUCUGCGUACAUGCUCUUCCUCAUCAUCACUGGCUUCCCCAUCAACUUGCUAACGCUCUACGUCACCAUCCAGCACAAGAAGCUGCGAACGCCGCUCAACUACAUCCUGCUCAACUUGGCCGUGGCCGACCUGUUCAUGGUGGUGGGCGGCUUCACUACCACCCUUUACACCUCUUUACACGGCUACUUCAUCUUUGGCCGCACCGGCUGCAACAUCGAGGGCUUCUUUGCCACGCACGGCGGCGAGAUCGCACUCUGGUCCCUGGUGGUGCUGGCCGUCGAGCGCUGGGUGGUCGUCUGCAAGCCCAUGAGCAACUUCCGCUUCGGCGAGAACCACGCCAUCAUGGGCGUGGCCUUCACCUGGGUGAUGGCAAGCACCUGCUCAAUGCCUCCGCUCAAUGGCUGGUCCCGUUACAUCCCCGAGGGCCUGCAGUGCUCGUGCGGCAUCGACUACUACACCCUCAAGCCCAACAUCAACAACGAGUCCUUCGUGGUCUACAUGUUCAUCGUGCACUUCAGCAUCCCGCUUCUCAUUAUAAGCUUCUGCUACGGCCGCCUGGUGUGCACCGUCAAGGAGGCGGCCGCCCUGCAGCAGGAGUCAGAGACCACGCAGAGGGCCGAGCGCGAGGUCUCGCGGAUGGUGGUCAUCAUGGUCAUCUCCUUCCUGGUGUGCUGGGUGCCCUACGCCAGUGUGGCCUGGUACAUCUUCACGCACCAGGGCGCCUACUUUGGGCCCAUCUUCAUGACGGUACCCGCCUUCUUCGCCAAGAGUUCGGCCCUCUACAACCCGCUCAUCUACGUGUGCAUGAACAGGCAGUUCCGCCACUGCAUGAUCACCACCCUUUGCUGUGGCAAGAACCCCUUCGAGGAAGAGGAAGGUGCGUCCACCGCUGCUGCGUACAAAACCGAGGCCUCCUCCGUGUCUUCCACCUCUGUGUCUCCCGCUUGAGGAGAGUCAAUGACCUCCGGCUCUCCACACGGGCUCACAAGGAAUGCAACCACGCUGCUAACUACAGCUAUCAGAUCAUUUCACUGAUAUGAUGGAAUGAA